CCGAAAGAAAGGUCGUGUUGUCAACUUUUUACAUAAGUAUUCUAUUUUUCAACUUCCAUUUCAUCAUACCCUGCCAAUAAAUACCCUUAUAUUUUAACCAAAGAGGUAAAAACUGUCACAAGUAUAUUUUAGUUAAUUACAUCGAUAUCUGAAGCCAUGGAACGUUCUCAAAGUGUCGAAGUUUGUACUGUUUGCCAUGAACACAUGGAAAUAUUUGCAGUUGGUUCCUGUAACCACCCAAUUUGCUAUCGAUGCUCUAGCAGGAUGAGGCUGCUAUGUGAUCAAAUGUACUGUCCGAUAUGUAGAGGGGAUCUUCGUAAGGUUGCAUUUGUUCAAAACCUGUUGAAGUUUGAGAAAAUCAAACUGGAAAAAUUCAAAAUAACCAAGCAAAAUAUUUAUCUGGAGAACGAUGAAGUAGAGAAAGCUUAUAAAAAACUUUUAUGUAUCAAGUGUCCGAUUUGUACAGAAGAUAAAACUCCGGAUCGAACGUUUGAGUCUUUAAGAGAUCAUCUUCGUAAGGAACAUACGUUAUUCUUCUGUGAUCUCUGUCUCAAACAUUUAAAUAUUUUUCCAUUUGAAAGAAAGUUUUAUAAUCGUAAGGAUUUAGCCACACAUAGAAGAGUUGGUGAUGCUGAUGACAAGUCGUAUAAAGGUCAUCCGUUGUGUGUGUUUUGUGAUGAACGAUAUAUGGACAAUGACGAACUCUUGAGACAUUUACGCAAAGAUCAUUAUUUCUGUCAUUUCUGUGAUGCUGAUGGAACUAAUGAAUAUUAUAAUGAUUAUCCAGAAUUAAAAACACAUUUUCGAAACGCUCAUUUUCUGUGUGAAGAAGAACAAUGUGGAGAUCCUCAUACACAGUUUACGAAUGCAUUCCGCUCCAGUAUUGAUCUGAAGGGUCACAAAUCAUCUCACCAUACCAGAGGCAUGUCAAAAGCACAGAUACGAGAAGUUGGUCGACUAGAUAUAGAAAUACAAUUACCACCUCGUAGAAUGGGCAGAGAUCGAGGUCAUAUUACUAGACGAGAUUUUGAAGAAAUUAAAAACGAUAAUGGUGGCCGAGGUAGAGGACGAGGAUAUAAUAAUGGAUCGGGGCGCGGAUAUCGUAACAACAGAGAUAAUUAUGUUGACGAUAGAGAAGAAAUUGAAAAGGCUAUUGAAGCAUCUAAACGCGAAGCUUCUGGCAGGAGAAUGUCUUGGUCCGCUGAAGAUAUUCGACAAGAUUUUCCAGCUUUAUCAGGUCAAGAUCCCACUUCAUCCACUGCAGCAGUUUCUAAUACCUCAACAAUCACCACAACCACGACUACCAAGUCGACGUCAUCAAAUCAAACAACGAACUCUGUCCCGAAACCUACCACAAGUUUAGCCUCAAAAAUAAGCAACAGUGAAAAAGCUUUAGACAAUGCCAAUAAAGCUUUUCCUCAGUUGAAAAAAGGUAGUGCCAAAUUGGGCGUUUCGAAUAAAAACAGUGAUAAUUCUGGUCGUAACUCUCCUGUGAUUAAGGAUAAAAAAGGUUCAGGUAGGACUUCUCCGGUUGCUAGGGUGAUGCAACCCGUUAUGUCAUCCAAAAAAGUGAAGGAAGAAGACUUCCCCGAUUUAAGUGCUUCGAAAAAUCGAAAUUCAAAUUUAAUAUCAUUAGGUGUUUGGACACAGAAGAGCCAAAGAACUGAUUUAGUGAGACCUAAUCUUCAGCCCGAAAAAGUGGAGCCGCCGAAACCAAAACCCGUGAAACAAACCCAAAAAACUAAUUCUAAUUCUUUAGCGUCGGUGGGUAUGUCGUUAUGUGUUGAAAAUGAUUUUCCGUCUUUAAGUGGAAAAGCGAAACCCACCGCAGUAAAUACUAAAUCGGCGUGGUCAGGAAUGAAAAAACCUCAAUUAAAAAAUACAAAAUUAAAAGUUGAUGAUGAUUUUGAAAUUCCGAAAGCGGCAACAGUCCAAAUUGUUAGUACAAAUAAUGACAAUGAAUUAAUGGAUACGAACUCGUCAAAAAAGAAGAAGAAAAAGAAAAAUAAGGAUAAAGAUAGCGUUAAUGUUAAUUCUGAAUCAAACGUAGAAAAUAAUCCACCGUCUGCCGAAAACAAACAGAAACCAUCAGGUGAGGGUAAGAAACGGAAAUCGAAAAAGAACGAAACUCCUGCAUCGCUUGAUGGUAUUGCCAUGGGACUACUGAAUGAAGAAAAGGAUCGAACUAUUACAAAAUCUGCCAAACAAAAGAACGUACACGCUAUGUUGCCUGAAAGUGAAUCCAUAUCAAAAAAGAAGGCGGAAAAAAUGGAACCUGCACCCAAAAAGAUGGUUGAGAAAGAAAUUAAAUCUGUCACUCCUGAUAUAGAUAAAAUACCUGUUAUUUCGUUACCUGUGACACCGGCGCCCUCAAUAUCGUCAUCGUCUGACUUCCCAUCAUUAUCAUUGGCUACUAAGGCGCCACCACCUGGAUUUCCGAAGUCAAACAAGAAACCACCUCCUGGAUUUACUGCUCCUGCUCCUGCUCCUGCUCCUAGUCCUGCUCCUAGUCGUCCUCCUCCAGGAUUUGGAUCCACAGAAGAGAAAAAAUCGCUGUCCGUACCAGAACCAGCGCCUGUUAAAACAUCCUCCUACUCAUACAUUCAACCAGAUGAAUUUCAGUCGCGCAAUCAAAAACUGGUACAGCGUAUUCGAGAUGCCCUGGGUACACAAGACAAGUUCGAUGAAUUCAAGACCAAAUCUUGGCAAUUUCGACAAAAUGAAAUCAUGGCCUCCGAAUACUACUACAGCUGCGAGAAAUUAAUAGGUAAAAAAAUAUUUGGUGAUGUGUUUACAGAACUUCUAGUUCUACUGCCUGACAUCACAAAACAACAGGAUCUACUUAGUGUUCAUAAUCAAUCAGUUAAAAAACUCAAGGACAACGUGAUUAAAAUUAGUGGAAAAACACAAAAAGCACCGUGGUCGGCUUUCAACGAUUUUUCAGUUUGUCCCACUUGUGGUCAGGUCACGCUGAAGGUUGACAGUUCAACACAUUCAUCGAAACAUGUGGCCAAUGAUUUUCCAACAUUGGGCAAAUCAAAAGGUUCUGAUUUUAUGGGUAGGGGUUCAUGGGUAGCGGCUAAAUAGUGGACAAUUGUUAUUUGAGAAUCAACUACACGUUUGGUGAUACUAAAACAAAGACUAGCUGGUAUUAAAUCUAGCUAAAAAAUUUCUCUGCGUCACAAUUCUGUUAUAGAUUAUUUAUUUUAUUGUGACCAAUUUUAAAUUAGAUUACAUUUUGUCUUAUUUAAAUCAAAGUUAUAAACAGGAAAUGCUGUUAAAGAUUUGAACAGAAAUAAAUUUAUUUUAUUAAUAAAGAUAUAUUUUUGGAUUAUGACUUGAUGUAAUUUGUUAAGAUUAAGUGGAGAUAUAUGUAGUAUUGCUGGACAUUACUGCUAAGGACGGACUAAUUUGAUCUUCUGUUCUUCAGGGUCACCUGUUAAAAUUGGGCUUCUUAUUUCUUCAGGUAAAAGACUAAUUUAGAAACCAAAUAUGCAUGGUUGGAGGUGGGUGUGGAUGGUCGAAUGGUUAGCGCGGUUGUGCUUUAUCAUAAAGUCUGUCAUUGAGUCAUUGAUUCCCCGGUUGUACGUGACAAGGAAUAGGGUCGCCUGUCCAACCUCGUGGGUUUUCUUCAGGCCCUACGGUUUCCUCCCACUGCUAAAGACCCCAUGUGCAAGCGAAUUAUUGAAAUGAAAUUGAACCAUAUGUUAGUCCCGAAAUUACCUACAUGUAGUUUGUGUCAGUGGACGUUAAAAGCCAUUUCUCUCUCUCUCUUACCCAGUUAAACUGUUCAAAAGCUUUUAAGUUCCAAAUUUUUAAGUGUUGAGAUUUUAAACUAAACAUGCAAUUCAACUGGCUCUAUAUUUAUCAAGAUUCCUGAAGAACUGAAAUUUAAAUUCUUGUGGCCUAUUAACAUAAUUAUGUAAUACCUUGUAUAGUAUGUAACGGCAUGAUAAAUUGUGCUUUUAAUUCAUAGCAUUGUGCCAACCAUUUGACAUAAUAAACAUACAAAUUUUCUUACUACAUGUAUGUAUGAUUCUGUGGUACAUGUACUGCCCGUCUUCAUUAGCCCAGGCAGUGCUUACUGUGAUUGCAUGGUAUUGCAAUAUUUAUUUAAUCUUCAUUUAACCAUGUAGAAUACAGUCACUUAGGGUUAGUUAUCUACAUUCAUAAUCUUAUCCUUGUUCUUGAGAUGAUGUCUGUCCAACCGCGUGGGUUUUCUCCACGCCCUACGGUUUCCCCCCACUGCUAAAGACUCCUAUGCACAAGUGAAUUAUUGAAAUAAAAUUGAACCGUACAUUAGUCUUGAAAUUACCUAGUUUGUGUUAAAAGGAUGUUAAACCCCAUUUCUCUCUCUUUUGAGAUGAUGCUCUUCAAAAAAGUAAAAUGCUCUGCCCAUGAGCAACGUAAAACUUGGUUUGUUUGUUCUUUGGACAAUAGUGCAUCGAUUGACAUAAACCAUGAUUUUUGAUGUGACGUUACAAUUCCAAGAUGGCUGCGAUGACGUCAUGUUCUGUUUCUAGUUCAUAUACAUGUAGUACUAUCAUAAUAUCAUGCUUGUUUUUAUGUUCGACAAAAGCGUGUUAGAAUUAUGUAUCAUACAUACCUUGUCUGCGAUAUCACCCUAGGUGGAAGCGGACUUUAAUCUUCAAGGAAUGAAUGAAUGAUGUAUCAUACAAUAAAAUUAUUAGAACAUGGUGUAUAUAAAGGUUAUAUAUCUCCUGUAUUUAAUUAUUAAGUUAAUUUAUUAAACACAACAAUAUACAUGAAGAGCCCCGAGGAAGAACGAUCUAAGUCACUUUUUUAACGAACCUCAGUUAAUGGGGCCGUCUGGUAGCAAAUUGUAUAAGCUUUCUUUGGAACAAUCAAUUUCAGGUAAAAACGAUCAGAGUCCCAUUGAACCAAGGCCCUUCUGAAAUGACCUCCCGGACAAAUACAAGUCCCUCGUACCCUUUAUUUGACCUUUAUAGACAAAAAUGUGACUUAGAUCAUUCUUCCCCUGGACUCUUCACAUGUUAUACAUACAUUAUGUAAGAGCUAAAUCUGCCAGUGUUUAUUUUGGCUUCAAAUAAUAUACAAACCAUUAGACAUUUAUUAACAUGGCAAUUCUAUAAUCAAUUUCCUUAGACCAUCAGAUGGCGGAGAGAUAUUUUAAAAUUUAACGAUAAAAUAGACAAUCGAGGCUAAGUCUCGGUUGUCAAGCACCGUAGUUACGAUAAUGAAAGAUCUAGGUUAUAUCUUUAUAAAUUCGCUCAGAAUAAAGUAAUUUGAAUAUAAUUUCAAUAUAUUCCUUUUUCAUUAUCUAUUUUUGUACUAUUAGAAAGAACGACCAGGUGAUGCAUCUGUAAUGUAGAUUAACUAUAGGUAAUUAAAUUGUAUAUAAAAUUCCAUUCCUUUAUUAUGAGGGGGUUGGAUGGCCGAAUGGUUAGCAUGUGCGUGUUGUAUCAUAAGGUCUGUCAUUGAGUCAACUGGCGUGGUUUCAAAUCCCUGGUUGUACGUGACAAAAGAGUAGGGUCACCUGUCCAACCUCGCAGGUUUUCUCCAGGUACUCCGGUUUCCUCCCACUGCUAAAGACCACUACGUGCAAGCAAAUUAUUGAAAUAAGAUUGAACUGUAUGUUAGUCCCAAAAUGACCUAGUUUGUGUCAAGUGGACUUUAAACCCCAUUUCUCUCUCCUUUAUUAUGAGUUAUUGUCAGAUAAUAUAUUCUGUAAUUAUUAUUAAGAAUAUUUAUAUAGUGCCAUUUCCAAUGUAUGAAGUAAAAGAUCCAAAAUGUUCAUCCAGAUUUACCGACGUGGUUUCCCUUGUCAGUGGUGCAGGACGGAGGGCCUGACAAGUACAGCUGACUAGUCCUUCGGAUGAGACGAAAAACCGAGGUCCCGUGUAUAUAUUGGAAUGCACGUAUAAGAUCCCCUGGCAGUUGGAAUUCAAUAUAAGAGUAGGCAAUAGUGCCGCUGCCCGGGCAAAAUUUCCCUCAUAGCACACUGUAUGGCGUAUGCCCGUCUUCAUUAGCCCAGUCGGAGCAGAACAGUAGAACGUUAAACCCCAUUUCAUUUUAUUUCAUUUCAUGUUCAAAAAUAAAUAUAUAUUGCAAAUUUUCAAAGUAAAAUAUAAAUUGACUAGAUUUAGAUAAUUAAUCAUAUUUUUUAAACAGAUGAGUUGUACAUGUAAGACUUAUUAAGUUUGAUAAUGAAUUGUUGCUGCUAAUAGAAUAUGGAAGCCUAUUCCAUAUAGUUGUGGAAUUACAAUCUCAAAUGUAUACCAGUAUAACCCUUAAUUCAGUGAAAAUCUGACACAUAAGAUGACAUCGCGAGUUGAUUAUGGUUUGGAUAAGUUAAUUAUGAUUUGGAUAAGUUAAUUAUGAUCUGGAUAAGUUAAUUAAUAUCUAAUUACUAAUUUAUAUAACAUUUUAGGCCUAAAAAAAGACCUGCAAUAGGCAAAUUUAGCUCUUGAAGAAUGCAUGUUAAAUUCUGCAUCCAAUUUAUGUAUGAUGUAUUUUUUUAUAUUAAGAUUACAAAUUAUAUGUGUUAUACUAAGUAGACACUGUUGAUACAACACUCUCCAUGCUUGUUCAAUAGAAAUCCAAUACUACACUGCCAUAACAAGACAUUUUUCUGGUUAUUUCCAAUUUUACUUUGUUUCGAUGAAAAUCUUUGGAAAUUUGACACUAGAAAAAUUAUGUGUUUUUAGUGGAGAACUCUAGAUUGGAGAUGGUCCUGCACAUUUUAGCAUAUACAUGUAUGACGUCAUAUGUGAGUUAGGGUAAGGGUUAGGACCUGCAGAUUUCAUCAAAGUCUCAAGAUGUAAACAGGGCUAGCCCUAACCCUAACCCUGGACCAAGCCUAACCCUUACCCACAAUCUACAUAUGACGUCAUACUUGCAGGAACGUCUCCGAUCUAGCGUUCUCCAUUUUUAGCAAGUCAGUGUUAACAUUUUGAAGACAGAGAAGUCUUAGUGAGUUUGUGGAAGGUAUUAGUAUAUCUACUCUACAUGCUGUUAAAAUGAAUAUAUUAUUUAGUAUUUCUAUUGUGGGUUUGGUCACUGUGGUGGUCAUUUUUUUGGUUCUUCCUCAUAUUGCUUUAAUAAUGAUGGCAUGGUGUCAGGUGUUUUCCAUUCAACUACCAGUUCGGUUUAUUUAUUGUUAAAUAUUGUCCUGUAUGUUAAUUUAAAGUCCUAUACCAUGUGAAACUAGGAAAGUACAUCCAUAUUUAAAUAUCAUCCUAUUGUUUUGUCUUGAUAAUUAUGAUUGAGUGUAAAUAUGCUUUUAAAGAUUAUUAAAAGUUGAAUUUCUGUU